AAAAACACCAGAAAACCUCUAUUAAAACGACUAAUAUAACCCUUCAUUUAUCCAACACCGCUAAGUGAACCACACCUUAUCCCACCCACACCAAAGGCCCUUCAACUUCGAAUGAAGGAACUGUCAUAGAACUAGAAUCCUUGGCACAUGAGCCAACUUGAUUCCGAUGGGACGUCUGAGUCGCGGAUGUCUCCGCUGCAAGCAACGUCGCGUUCGCUGCGACGAGGGCCGGCCCUCAUGCCGGCGAUGUGUCAAUCGCAAUGAAGUCUGUGAGGGGUAUCGAGACGAGGCUUCCAUCAUCUUCAGGCACGAGACUGACAAAGUGAUUGAGCAUGCACGAGCGUCACAAUUGCUGUUAUCACCUAGCUCGCAGGCCUCUUCCCAACCACCUGUGAAGAAGCGCAGCAGAUCAGUCGGCGGAGAUUCUCGGUGGUCUUCCGUGUCCGACCAGAAUGGAGAUCCUUCGGCGCUGGCUCCUGGAGAGGCCGCUAGCAUCAACCUCAAGAACCCUCAUCCCUGGCUUAAAGGACUAUCUUCUGGGAUGCGGGCUCGUGUGGAAGACCAAGCCGUUGAUAAUUUCAUGGACAAGUACGUCAUUUACCCAUGCAAUCAGACAUCUUCUCCUGGGUUCCUUGAGCAUUUGCCGUGCAUGUUCCAAGAGGUCAACAUCAAUGGCCGAUACGCUCUACGAUGGGCAAUACGGGCGGCUGCAUAUGCCGAUAUUUCGAAAGAUCAGGACAGUAACGUACUUGUGAGGAAGGCAUUACAGUGCUAUGGCAUGGCGCUUUCUGCCCUUGGAGACUCGCUUGCUGCUACACCUGGAAAAGUCCCAGAUGAUUAUGAUCUAAUGACCGUAGUUAUUCUUGACAUCUUUGAGACUCUAUACACACCUGGAUUAGCCUCUAAAGGAUCACAUGCUCAAGGAAUGGCGCAGAUCCUCCGUUUGCGAGGCCCAGACAUGGUUUACAACUCACGAGGCUGGAGUCUUUUCCGACUUGCCCAACACAGAAUCCAAAAACAGCAGCUGUCCUAUAACAUGCCUCCAGUUCUAGGGACGACAAACUGGCUCGAUCAGCUUAAUGAUAAUGAACCUUAUGUAUGUCUAGAGAAGAACAUGGACCAAAUCAACGACACGUGCAAGCGCGCACGAAUGCUCUUAGACCUUAUUAAUGCUAGAGGCCUGCCGGUGUCCACUAUCGUCGACAUGAUCAUGGAACUGUACUCACUUGAUCAAACGGCAGUCAGCUGGCGGAAGACAUCAGAGUGGUCGUUUCAGAUUCUGGCAGUGUCCGAGAGGCCGGAUCUAGAACCAGCAGCGCGCGGUAUAACGGACACGCUCCAACUACAUCCUGAUAUCUGGAUGGCCUACGAAUGGAACUACCACAGAACAGCGCGCAUAAUCUUCCUAGGGCAGCUUCUAAAAUGCUCAAAGGCCGCGCUAGAGACCCCGAACCUAGAUGAUGUGGAAGAAAAGGCGCUGGCUAAUACGAUCGCUGAGUGUACCUCAACGAUUCAGUGGCUUGCAGACGAAAUUCUAUCAACCGUUCCCCAGACUUUCGGAGAUGUUAAUCACAUGGGUCAAGCACAUAACGUCAAGGAUGGCCCGCCUCGCUGCCGCGGAAUCGGCGGGUAUCUACUUCUCUGGCCGAUACAUACGGUUAAAGGCCGAACAUGUGUGACAACACCAGAGCAAAAGGAACGUGCGUGGGGAGUAUUUGAACGGAUUCGAGAUUACUCUGGGAUGAAAGCUACACUAGGCGACAAGAGCAUCAUAUAACCCUGUUUACCGCCCCCACUCUAUUUGAACAAUUUGAAAAUUUGAAGAUAGGCUCAAAAAUAUAUCCAGAAAUCUGCGUCCACCGCCCUAUUAUCUCUUCAAGACCGUCUGCUCUAGCUCCGUCCCAUCCGCCAACUUGACUUUCUCGGCACUAACCAUGACGACCACGAUGCGGCAGGUCUCGCCGGUGCGGUUGAUCCACUGGUGGUUGGCGCCGCCCUGGAUGAUGUACUCGCCGGUGCGGACUGUCUUCUCAUCGCCGUUGUCGAGCUUAAUAACAAUUUCACCGGUAAGGACUACGGCAUAGUCGAUGCUCAGCGUCCGGUGCAUCGGCACUGUGAAAUUGCCAGGGAUGUUAGUGAUGCAGAAUAUGACGCCGCCAGGCGGGCACCGUGGUAUCGUUGACGCGUACUCCCCCGUAGCCUCCUGGUUAUUGACUGGCACCGUUCCGCGGAUGUCGAAAACGGCGAACGACGAGAUUGCGGGCCCGAAGGGAUAGAACAGCGGCACCUCGCUAUCCGCCCCGAAAAUAGAUGUGCCGUCUGCUGCGUGCGCCGUCACGACAACCCGCGGAUUUGAGUCUGCUGAGGGCAUGGCCGUGGUAGCGGCAGCGGCGGUGGUGGGGGUGUUAGAAGACAUUUUGAAAGCAAGUCGAGAGAUGUCUAAGG